AUGGAUUUGGAAAUAGACACUGAAUCAGCUGAUGCAGCUGUUUUGCAGUUAUUUGCGAGACGUGAACCAGAAACAAUGGAGGUAGUUGUAGUAGGAACGAGCGUAUCUUCACGUCCACCAAAACAUGACAAUUCGGAGGAUGGUGAUGAUAAUAUCAGUGAGGAUGUUCAGGAUGCAUCCAAUAAGGUAUCAACAUCGUAUUCAACAGCUAAAUGGCGUAAUGGAACGAGAUGCAUUGCGAAAGGGUGCACGAAUAGGGCAACGGAUAUGCUGAACUGGCGAGAGGAAUUGUGUGAGCAUGGCAAAAGGCAAGCAAUCUGUAAAAAAUGCCGUAUCACACAACCGUACCGCUUGCACUAUGUGAAUCGGUCAAAUCAUCAACUUACAAUGCUUUUCGCUGAGUUGCUCCUUUCAAAAACUGCUUACAAAAAGAUUAACGAUAGCGCAUGUUUGCCAGCAUAUCACUGGCGUAUAUGCUCGGAUCAUUUUCACGUAUCGCAGCUAGGCAAUCCAAUGGCAUUUCCAGUACUUGGUAUCGGUAAAACACAUGCACAGAUUCGUGAGAUCUCUCGAAGACACGGCGUCGAAGAUCAGUUACCAGCAAAUUUCGAUGAGAUCUCGUUGGAAUGUCAGCGGUUAACACCGUGUUUUUCGUUAACGCGAAAUAUACCCUCCACAGUUAGCUGCAGCAGUACACCUGAUAAUAUUAGGGACGAAUGGGAUGAUUCAAAUGAAAGUAUAAAAAGAUACUACGAAUGGUCAUCUCGCGGACAACGCCAGUCGAAUGAAACUCAAGUGAAAGGGCAAACAGACAGUGAUGAAGAUAGCAAAACCGGUGAUGGUAUUGAUAAAGACGAGGUGAUGCCGUUGAAAGGCGGUGGUCGUUCGUUAAUUGAUGAGGAUGAAGUUCGAGGUCGAGCUGAACACCAGCAUCGUGUUCGAGGCCCGCGUUUGGGUCGUCGUAAUCUCAGACGCAGGACGGUUCAAGUUGGAAAGAAUUUGGUGACAUCCGGAAGCAAUAAAAAUGAAAUGAGCGAUUCUGAAGAGAUGAAAUCGCAGCUGACAAAACAGAAUAAGCCACAACAAAAGCGAGAAAAUUUAUGUCAGGAUGAAACAGUUUCGAAAGUGCGAUCGAAGAAAAGAGGACGUAAAAGAGGUCGUGUGGAUCUGGGUGAUUCGCAUCAUUCAAUCGAGACAGGAGCAUCAAAGAAGCACAAGAGGACGGCCAACGAAAAGAAUGCUCAACACAAUUAUGAUCGCACGGUCAGUUGA